UCUCUAUAGUCAUAAAAAUCGCUGUCAAAUAUAUUUAUAUAUAUAAAUAAAUACAUCUAUAUAUACAUAUAUAUUCACUUAAAACUAUUUUCAUUGUUCAUUACAAUUAAAUAUAUUGAAAAGAAAUUCGUGAUUAACGCUUUUGAGUGCUCUGUCAAAAAUAAUAAUUUUAUCAUCAUUUUAACGCUAAAUAUUUGAAUAUUUUUUUUCUACAAUAAAUUUUUUUUAUGGUAGGGUUAUAAUAAUGAAUUAAUAAUUUAAUUAAUGGAGUAGCCUAUUUACUAGUAUUUUUGGUCUAAUUCAACUCAUGGAAAUGGGUUUAACGGAUACAAGUUUUGAAUUACUAUUAACUCUGUGGAGGAUUUGGUUCAAAACCCAACAUCAGUUCUUUAAUAUCUUCAUUUAUAGUCGAAUUCCUUUUCGUAGGUCACAGUAAUAUUGAUUAUUAGCCAUUUAUCUGAAUCAUUGUGACGUCAGGAAUAUCCACGCCAAUGACACCGGAAUCGAACAAUGAUCAUCAACCUCCAGGACGUGAAACUUGGUCUGGAAAAGUUGACUUUCUUCUUUCAGUUAUUGGAUUUGCUGUAGAUCUUGCAAAUGUCUGGAGAUUUCCAUAUCUAUGUUAUAAGAAUGGCGGUGGUGCGUUUCUUAUUCCUUAUGGCAUCAUGCUAGUUGUUGGUGGCAUUCCUUUGUUUUAUAUGGAACUAGCAUUGGGUCAAUAUAAUAGAAAAGGGGCUAUCACAUGUUGGGGCCGUAUCGUUCCAUUGUUAAAAGGAAUUGGCUAUGCAGUUGCAUUGAUUGCAUUUUAUGUCGAUUUUUACUAUAAUGUUAUAAUCGCUUGGGCUCUUCGUUAUUUUUUUGCAUCAUUUACGGACUUACUACCGUGGACCACUUGUAAAAAUCCUUGGAAUACACCUUUGUGCCAUGAAUUUAACAUAAAUCAAUCUGAAAUGCAAGCUGAAUGGAUAACAUCUGAACACCAUAAUAUAUUUAAUCAAAGUACUGGCGAUCUUCCGAGCUUAGCGCCAAAUUUUUAUGUCUGGACCAUUGAUUCAGGAGAUGCUGAAAAUGCAUCCAGAUUUACUAGUGCUGCUCAAGAAUACUUCAACCGAGCAAUUCUUGAACUUCAUCGAAGUACAGGAGUAGAUGAUUUAGGAAUCAUCAAAUGGGAUAUUGCUUUAUGUCUUCUCAUCGUUUAUCUUAUUUGUUACUUCUCUUUAUGGAAAGGAAUUUCAACGUCAGGAAAAGUUGUCUGGUUUACUGCUCUUUUUCCUUAUGUUGUACUUCUUAUUCUUCUUAUCCGAGGAGUCACCCUACCAGGAAGUGCAAAAGGAAUAAACUAUUAUCUAAGUCCUAAUUUCUCAGCAAUAACAAAAGCCGAGGUUUGGGUGGAUGCUGCAACACAAGUUUUCUUUUCAUUGGGACCUGGCUUCGGGGUUCUCUUAGCUUAUGCAAGUUACAACGAAUAUCACAACAAUGUCUAUAAAGAUGCAUUGCUGACCAGUGCAAUAAAUAGUGCGACUUCAUUUAUUGCUGGUUUUGUCAUUUUUUCCGUUCUUGGAUAUAUGGCUCAUGCAAGCGGGAAGUCUAUCGAUGAGGUAGCUACAGAAGGCCCAGGUCUUGUAUUUAUUGUGUAUCCUGCUGCCAUUGCUACCAUGCCCGGGUCAGUUUUUUGGGCAUUAAUAUUCUUUAUGAUGCUUUUGACUCUUGGCCUCGACAGCUCGUUCGGUGGUUCAGAAGCAAUUAUAACUGCGUUGAGUGACGAAUUCCCAAUCAUAGGCAAUCAUCGAGAAAUAUUCGUCGCAUGUCUGUUUUCAUUUUAUUUUUUGAUUGGUCUUGCUUCAUGCUCACAAGGAGGAUUCUACGUAUUUCACUUACUUGAUCGCUAUGCAGCGGGCUACUCAAUGCUCUUUGCUGUUUUCGCAGAGUCGAUCGCAGUGAGUUGGAUUUACGGAACCGACAGAUUCUGUGAUGAUAUCAAAGACAUGGUUGGCUCCUCACCAGGAUUCUAUUGGCGUGUGUGCUGGAAAUUUAUUGCUCCGUUAUUCAUUAUUUUUAUUAUCAUUUAUGGCUUGAUGGGUUACGAGCCAUUAUCGUUUGAAGACUACACAUAUCCUCAGUGGGCAAAUAUCGUUGGAUGGAUUAUUGCUUCGUCUUCCGUCAGUAUGAUCCCUGGAAUAGCGAUAAUUCAAUUAAUCGUUACACCUGGGACUUUUAUUGAGAGACUAUCCUAUCUUACGACGCCAUGGAAGGAUAAUCAAUCAACAGAUAAAAACAUGAAAUCAUCUGUCAGUUCAUUAACGAAUGGAGCAUUCAAAACAAGCUUAGUCCAAGUACAGAACUGUAAUAAUAAUCAAAAUUCAUUUCUCAUGUUGAAGAAACAGAGAAAAAUCUUUCGACCAAUUAAAAAAAACCACCUAUGCUCCGAACCAGUCUAAAGUAGUUAUGAUUUUUUGACAAUAAUUGAUAUUGUAUAUAAUGGUCUAAAUAUUUUGUAUCAACGAAAACUUUAGCAUGUUGAAAACGACAAAAAAAGAAUCGAUUUGGAUUCAUAUAAAUGUAAAACUUCAUCGUAAAUGGUCGAGGCAUCUGAAUGAAUGACUUUGAAUUAAGUAAUUUCUUGAAUGUUGUUAGAAAUCAUCGUAGGAUUAAGUAAAAGAUAAAAGUGCAUAAACAAAAUGUAACGAAACCAUCAUACAAAUUAAUCUGAGUCUAAAAAUUGAUAGAUUAUUUUCCAAUCUUUUUUAAUCUUGCAAUUUGAAGAAGUCUUGUUAGAUUCCGAAGAAGAAAUCCGUAUCUGAUAUGUAUUACAUACACAAUUUUUGUUAUGAACAUUAGCAUCCGUGAAAAGAACGUGUCUGAAAAUUUUUAUGAAUAAGUAAGUUGUUAAAUAUUUUUUUGACGCUCUAAAAAUAACUAGAUGUUUAAAUGUCUUUAAGGAAAUUAUGAUUCAAUUCAAACAUCGUUCAUCAAUUGAAGUUACAUAACAGUAGAAUAAUAAACAUCAUAUAAAUUUAGAAAAAUAUUUUCUCAUUACUAAAAAAUUUGACACCGGAUUUAUGUUAUGGUAAAUAAUGUUUUAAUGUCAAGAUGAAUAGUGGCAUUUAGGCUAGUAUAAAAACAGCGUCGUCUGCAAAGUCGUUAUUUGUCGUAUCUUAUUCACAACAAAUUUAUCAAAAAAUCCAAUCAUAUGGCAUCAUUACCUGUAUUCCAUUUAAUUUGUCCGACGCUCUUGCUUAAUCAUAGGUUGGGGAUGGGUAAUAAUAAUACUGAUAUUUUAAAAAAACUUUCCAAAUCAUCAAUGUUUAUAUCGUUCAGCUUUCACACUUUCGAUGACCUUGAAAUUUGAGUAUGGUAUCAAUGUGAUUAUGCUAAUCAAUUCAAUCCACGUAUUACCUGUAUAACUUUACGUUGAUUAUAUUCUUGUUAAAUAAUGAUCAAAGUAGAAGAGCAGCUUAAUUGCUAUUUUUUAGUAUAUGUGGACACAUAAUUUCAAACGAUUCUAUUUGAGCCAUGCCGUUUACUCUCUCACGAUUGAAUGUUGGCAAAAUUAUAUCUUUUCGAAUUUCCUCUAAAACUGAAAAACUUUCGGGAAACCUAUUCUUCGUCUCGAAGAAUAUAUAUUCCAUCAUUUACAACAUGAUAUUAUAAUGACAUAUCGAAGUUAUAAGAGACAUGAAGAUUAAAAAACCUUAUGAGCGCUAAAUACCUUUUUCUAUUAUAAUUUGGGCGUAUAUAGUAAUUAUUAUGAACAUUGCAAACUGAGAAAUAGUGCUGAUUGGCGUUCAUUUAUCUAUUAUAAAGUUUUGAGUCAAGUAUAACCAAUAUCUUGCAUGAUGAUAGUGUUGAAACACCAGUUCAACAUUUCAAGUGACCUUUCGCUCAUCAAUAGAGUCUCUGCAUAAGAUAUUGCUGAAUUUCAAGAUGAUCAACAAAGAAUUCCCUUUUUUUUUAUAAGUAGACUGAAAAACUUCAUGAUAUGAAAAUAGGCUGGAACUUGAACAAUAUUUGUUUCGUCCUGACUACUUGAAGUUUGACAAAGUAUUGUUGACUGAUAAACUUUCCAUAAAUUUCUCAUUGGUUUAAGAAUUUAUAUUCUUUCAUCAUUUUCGGGAUGAUUUCUCCACAAACUAUUAAAGAAAAGGGUAAGAUGGUAGUUUUUAUGUAGAAUCGGAGGAUUUAUAAUUUAUCGUUGAAAAAGUUUUUUAUAUCCCAUAAAUUUUUGGAGAUUAUUAGAAAAAAAAUUGUUUAUGGGUUGUUCCUACUUUUGCCUGGAGUUGAAGCUUUUUUUUUUUAAGAAAAAUUGAUCUCAAUGACAUUAAGAUUAUUUUCUCCUAUUUUCAUCAGUAUUACCCAAAAUCUACGUUCCACCUUAAUUUUACGGGAUGACAUUGGAUGAUUUCUCGAAUAAAAUUUGUACGAAGUCGACAUCUACAUUUGUCAACAAAGUUGUGGAAUCAGAAAAACUCUGACAUUCGUGCAUACACUCACACACAUUCAUAAAUUUCUCUGAAAACUAGUCGGUAUGCAUGUUAUACUUCAAAACGUGCCAAAAUCAUAGAUGAACUCCGAGCCCUAAGAAUCGGUUCUACUACAACAACUUUCUAAAGUAGAAUCGAAAAAAAGUGUGUUUUCAUAAAAAAGAAUAUUUUUAACAAUCUUACAUUUUCAUAAUAACUACUUUGCAGACGCUGACCCACAUAUGUAUCAUAUAUUCAUGUGUACGUGUAUGUAGACUCAGUCCUUUGAACAUCAACUAGUUUACCAUAUAUAACCCCUAGAGACCAUUCAUAAAUCAGUACAGUUGAAGAAAACCCUCAAUCAAACUGAAUAAAUACCUUAUCACCGCAAUUCCAUAUAAUUGCAUACAACAUGACUUAUAAUUAUAAAUUAUGAAUUAGUGCAUUUAUAAAACAAUACUUAUCUAAAAUUAUUCAAGUAAGAUUUCAAAAAAAUUACAAGCGAUAUGAAUUUCAAUCCGAAUUUUUUUAUUGCAAAUUUGGCCAGAGAAGAGUAAGAUCCCGAUAAAUAAUCGGCACAAACGAAAUUGGAGGUCCAUUUAUAUUAUCCGAGUUGUCACGACAGCCAUCAGUGACAUUUCAGAAACUUAUAAAGCUUCAUUGAAUUUUUAUCAUUUUAUUAUUUAGUAUGGAAAGAAGAUUCCUAACGGCCCCACCAUCAUUGCUGAUAUUUUAAUGCUUAGGACAUAAUCAGACGGAUGAAACACUUUCUAUAGAGUAAAUAAUAGGUAUUAUCAAAUAUAUAUAUAAUCUCUAUUCAUAUGUGAUAAAAGGACUGAAAUGUAAAUGUUUGUUCAAGAGCCAUAUUGAUCAAACAUGUGGAAUUUAGUGUUAUUUAAAUUAUAUGUCUGAUCAAAAUAAAUUGUAGUAAACAAUGGACCAACUAAAAGCCUACCAAAAUAA